GGGAGCGAUGCCCGCGGCGCGGUCGAGCCCACAGACAGCGUGGGGUGUGCCCACGACCGCACACCCGGAGGUUCGUACAGAUCUCCCAACAAACAGGGAGACGUGCGCUCGGGCCUCGCUGGAGGGGGCCUGGUACUUUCGUUCCAAAGCUCGGGUUUCCUCGGGGAGCAGAAUUGCUAGGCGCACCGAGUGCGUGGCCUUUAGUCUUCCCCGUUCCCUCCGAGGGCCGGAAGGGUUAAAUCCCUGGGUCCCGGCAUCUCCGGAGCAGGUGAGGCGGAGAGGGCUGAGCGGACGGGUUCGCGCCCCGCCGUGGGAGACUGGCAGCGGAAGGAGAUCGUUGUGGAGACCGCUGGAGCGGCCUUGUGGGCCGGAAGAGUUAUAAUUAUCAAGUAUGUUUCCAUUGACUGAAGAAAACAAACUUGUGGCCCACUUGUUGCUCAGUUCUGGAACCUGUCCAAGAUGUAUCUUCAGAUUCUGUGGUGUGGAUUUUCAUGCACCUUACAAACUUCCAUACAAGGAGUUGCUUAGUGAUCUACAGAAAUUUCUGAAGUCUGGAAAAGAUGAAUCGGUUUUGGAAGUUCCAAACCCACCUCCCAAGAAAAUUCGGCUACAAGAACUGGAAGAUGGGGUUGAUAAUUUAAUUCGAAAUGGAGAAGGCAAUAUCUCUUAUAUUGAAGAUGGAAGCAUUGCUUCCAAGAACUCAAAUUUUAGUGUAUGCAAUGUUUGCCUUGGAAUUCUCCAAGAAUUCUGUGAAAAAGAGUUCAUUAUGAAGGUAUGCCAAAAGGUUGAAGCUUCUGGGUUUGAAUUCAACAACCUGGUAUUUUCCGUAUCCUUUCCACCGCAGCUAUCUGUAAGAGAGCAUGCUGCAUGGUUGCUGGUCAAACAGGAAAUGGGAAAGCAGAGUCUGUCGCUGGGAAGAACUGAUAUAGUUCAGCUAAAAGAAGCCUACAAAUGGAUAACUCACCCCCUGUUUUCAGAGGAACUGGGCGUUCCAAUUGAUGGAAAGAGCUUGUUUGAAGUGAGUGUGGUCUUCGCUCACCCAGAAACAGUUGAGGACUGCCACUUCCUUGGUACAAUUUGCCCAGAUUGUUUCAAGCCAGCCAAAAACAAACAGUCGGUAUUCACUAGAAUGGCAGUUAUGAAAGCUUUGAAUAAGAUAACAGAAGAAGAUUUCCGAAAGCAGUUUCCUUGUCCUCCGGACUCACCAAAGACUGUCUGCACUGUUCUUGAGAUUGAAUGUGCUCAUGGUGCUGUUUUUGUGGCUGGGAGAUAUAAUAAAUACUCAAGGAAUCUACCACAAACUCCCUGGAUAAUUGAUGGAGAAAGGAAGCUGGAAUCUUCAGUGGAAGAAUUAAUUUCAGAUCAUUUGUUGACAGUGUUCAAAGCAGAGAGUUUUAAUUUCUCAUCCUCUGGAAGAGAAGAUGUAGAUGUGAGAACAUUAGGAAAUGGAAGGCCCUUUGCAAUUGAGCUGGUGAAUCCUCAUAGAAUACAUUUCACUUCACAAGAAAUUAAGGAGCUUCAGCAGAAAAUUAAUAAGUCAUCUGACAAAAUUCAAGUACGUGAUUUGCAGCUUGUUACAAGAGAGGCAAUAGGACAUAUGAAAGAAGGUGAAGAAGAAAAGACCAAGACCUAUAGUGCCUUAAUAUGGACAAAUAGACCAAUACAGAAGAAAGACACUGAAUUCCUAAAUGAUAUCAAGGACUUAAAGAUUGACCAGAAAACACCUCUGCGGGUCCUCCACCGAAGGCCGUUAGCUGUGCGAACUCGUGUCAUCCACUCCAUGGAGGCGCACUACCUGGAUGAGCAUCAUUUUCGCCUCUACCUGAAGACUCAAGCUGGAACCUACAUUAAAGAGUUUGUACACGGAGAUUUUGGGAGGACCAAACCAAACAUUGGCUCUCUGAUGAAUGUGACCGCAGACAUUCUUGAGCUGGAUGUGGAGAUGCUGAGAGCAGCCAUCUGCAAGCCAAGAGUGCCUCUAAGGACCAACCAUACUUGUGCCCUGCCGACUUCUACCUUCUGUAAAAGAAAUUUUCUCUUGUAUAAGGCUCCCCCGUCCCCCAAAAAAGGUCUUUAAAGUCACUUCAGGUCUCCAUAAAAUUUAAUGUUUCUAAGAAAUGUUUGGAGCAUUUCCUUGUUAAGGAAAAUGCUAUAAAUAUUAAGAGAAUAUGGUUGAUGUUUAAAAGUCAAAUAAGACUUUAGCAAGGGCUUUAGAAUUUUUUCCAUUUAUUGCAUUACUAAGAAAAUACAAAGGUCAUAAAAUAGUCUGUACAACAAAAGGCAUGUUUUCAUUUAAAAAAUACUGGUACGUUUUAAUACAAAGCUCAACUCUGAACAGCUAAACAGACAUGAGAACUCUGAAAGACCACUUUUUCUCCAGUACCUCCAUAUUACUAUCUAAAACAAAAUUCUGCUAUUCUGCUACAAUAUGAACUCAUUAUAGACCAUGUGAUUGAUUGUGUUGCUCUGGCUGGUUUUAAACUCUUGGGCUUAGAUUACCUUCUUGGCCUCAUAUCCAAAUGCUGAGAUAUAGGCAUGUGCCACCACAUUCAGCUUAAUGUUUGUUUUCUUUUUUAAAAAAUUAUCUUAAAGUGUUAUGCAAAAGGGUUUCAUUUUAUCAUAUCAAUUUAUGAGUAAAAUGUAUCUUGGUCAAUGUCACUCCUUCCAUCCUUUACUAACGGUAUUUCAAAGUACAUACUUGUAAAACAGAAGUCACCUCCAAAGGUUUUAUUCAUUUAAGAAUGCUCAUCACCCCCACCCUUUUUCUUUCCAUCUCAUCCUACCUGAAUUGUAUCAGUGACCAACAGUAUCAGCUAAAUACCUAG